AUGACUAUAAUUCUUUCCAAUAAUUCUUGUCUCUUCCCACACACUUUCUUUCUGGCUGGCAUUCCAGGACUAACUGCGGCCCAUAUGUGGAUCUCAGUUCCCUUUUGCUUCAUGUUUUUCCUAGCACUGACUGGAAACGGUGUCCUUCUUUUUCUUAUCUGGACAGAACGUAGCCUUCACCAGCCUAUGUUUUUCUUUCUUGCCAUGCUCUCCUUUGUCGACCUGGUCCUCUCCUUAUCCACUCUGCCCAAGAUGCUGGCUAUUUUCUGGUUUGGGGCUACAGCCAUCAGCUCUUACUCCUGUCUCUCCCAGAUGUUCUUCAUCCACGCAUUCUCUGCCAUGGAGUCAGGGGUGCUGGUGGCCAUGGCUCUGGACCGUUUUGUGGCCAUCUGUAAACCAUUGCAUUAUGCAACCAUCCUAACCCCGGUCGUUGUCAUCAAGAUUGGAGGGCUGGUGUUGCUCCGAGGCAUUGGGUUGACCAUCUCCUUUCCAAGCCUGGCCCAUCGGCUGUCCUACUGUGGCUCACACACAAUUGCCUAUACCUACUGUGAGCACAUGGCAGUGGUGAAGCUGGCCUGUGGGGCCAUCACAGUGGACAACCUCUAUGCUUUUGCUGUGGCAAUCUUCCUUGGAGUGGGGGAUGUGGCUUUUAUUGCGUACUCCUAUGGGCAGAUUGUGAGGACUGUGAUGCAUUUUCCUUCACUGGAGGCACGUGCUAAAGCAGGCAGCACGUGUACGGCCCAUGUCUGUGUCAUCCUCUUCUUCUAUGGACCAGGCUUUCUUUCUGUGGUCAUGCAGCGCUUUGGGCCACCCACAGCCUCUGCUGCCAAGGUCAUCCUUGCCAACCUUUACUUGCUCUUUCCCCCUGCCCUGGACCCCAUUGUCUAUGGGGUCAAGACCAAGCAGAUCCGGGAGAGACUGUUCACAAUUUUGAGCUUAAAGCGGAUUGAGUCUACUUGA